GCAACUCACAGUUGGUUUCCUGACUUAAUACUGCGUCAACUCCCUCAACAAAUCCAAAGAUGUGCGACGAAGAAGUUGCUGCUCUUGUGGUGGACAAUGGCUCCGGCAUGUGCAAGGCCGGCUUUGCCGGAGACGACGCUCCCCGCGCCGUUUUCCCGUCAAUUGUCGGUCGCCCAAGACAUGUGGGCGUGAUGGUUGGCAUGGGCCAAAAGGACUCUUACGUUGGUGAUGAGGCCCAGUCAAAGAGAGGUAUCCUCACCCUGAAAUACCCCAUCGAGCACGGCAUUGUGACCAACUGGGAUGACAUGGAAAAGAUCUGGCACCACACCUUCUACAAUGAGCUCAGGGUUGCUCCUGAAGAGCACCCAGUGCUUCUUACUGAAGCUCCUCUCAACCCCAAGGCCAACCGCGAAAAGAUGACUCAGAUCAUGUUUGAAACUUUCAACACCCCCGCCAUGUACGUUAACAUCCAGGCCGUGCUCUCAUUGUACGCGUCUGGACGUACCACCGGCAUCGUCAUGGACUCUGGAGAUGGUGUCUCUCACACAGUGCCAAUCUACGAAGGUUAUGCUCUUCCUCACGCCAUCCAGCGUCUGGAUCUGGCCGGUCGCGACCUCACUGACUACCUGAUGAAGAUCCUCACCGAACGUGGCUACACCUUCACCACCACCGCCGAGCGAGAAAUCGUGCGCGACGUCAAGGAGAAGCUGUGCUACGUCGCCCUCGACUUUGAGCAGGAGAUGGCCACCGCUGCUUCCUCCAGCUCUCUGGAGAAGUCGUACGAACUUCCUGACGGACAGAUCAUCACCAUCGGAAACGAGCGGUUCCGCUGCCCGGAGGCCCUCUUCCAGCCGUCCUUCCUGGGAAUGGAGUCGCAGGGUGUGCACGAGACAACCUACAGCUCCAUCAUGCGCUGCGAUCUGGACAUCAGGAAGGAUCUGUACGCCAACAUUGUGCUCUCUGGAGGCUCCUCCAUGUACCCUGGCAUCGCUGACCGUCUGCAGAAGGAAAUCACUGCCCUCGCGCCAAGCACCAUGAAAAUCAAGAUCAUCGCUCCUCCUGAGAGGAAGUACUCCGUCUGGAUCGGUGGCUCCAUCCUGGCGUCCCUGUCCACCUUCCAGCAGAUGUGGAUUUCCAAGCAGGAGUAUGAUGAGUCUGGUCCUUCUAUUGUGCACAGAAAGUGCUUCUAAAUGCCUUCAUCUAUAUAUUUAUGUGUGCUUGUGUGCAUAAAUGAUGUAAAUGUAUGUAUGAAUUUUAAGUAUGAAUAAAGAAUAACUGGGGAUUUAA